AUAGAGCACCUUUCCUUUUGCAACGCGUGUUUUCCUAUAUAAUGUAAUAUAGUCCCCGUAAAGACGACAAUAACAACAUGGUGCAGACAGAACUUUUGGUGGUCAUCACUUUCGCUGUUCUCGUGUGUGGCAACGAAGUCGAGGAUGUGGAACAAAAAAAACGCGGUGCCGGGAAGGGUACGAGCUUGAAUUCCAUCCCAACGGGAGUGCAGAAACCGGAAUACACUUAUAGUAUUUAUUCGCAAAGUCCCAGCGCUAUAAACAACUCACCAAGUUCCACAUAUCAGUCAUCCAAUCCCUCAUAUCAAUCACAAGUACCAAAUUCCUUUUACCCCUCACAAAAUGCACAAUAUUACAGUUCAAGUAAUUUACCCCCUGACGGGUCAUAUCAACAAUCACCACAGAUAAACGUAAUACCCCCAACAACUUCACCCCAAUUCGUUCCUCUAAAUUUUGUACCAAACUCUGGAUACCAGGCAAAGUACCAACUCGUGCCUUCAAAGGCGUCUAAUGGCAACAUACAAUUAGCUAUUAUACAACAACCUACAAGUUUCCCAUCUCCAGCAUUUCUUCAAUAUCCACAAUCAUUGUUAUCGACGAAUCCAAAUCAAAUUCAGGGUCAACAAAAUCCAUUCGGUGCGAUAUCUCCUCACGGCCAAAUUAACGUAGGUGCAGGGUUCCAACCUUUAUCGCUUGGUGGUCCUUAUUUAGGGCAGCAAUCAGCUAUGUUACUACUUCCUCAACCUAAUCCCUCUCUGUACAACAAUCUUUUGUAUCCAAAUCCUGUACAAAGUUUCUACAAUUAUUACCCGUCCAACACUCAAGCCAAAUAUAGCGUUGCAUAUGGUGCUGCGCCUCAAUCAUCUGAAUACGAUAAACUACAAGCACCCCCAAUAUCCCAAAGUCUCCCGAAGGAAGAUAGUGAUGUAAAUAAUAACGAAUAUGUAUCUAGUGAUGUAAAUACCUAUAAGAGUGCGUAUGCGACUGGUCGUAGUUCGUCUUAUGGUAAAUUAAAAUGAUGUUAUGAUCAUAUAUGUAAUUGUUUUGAUAAAUUAGGCAGUUAUAAUCAACAC